ACGAAAAGCAUGUUUUGGUGACCAAAAUAGCAGAGGAAGAAAAGCAACGUCUGGGAAAGAAGAACAAGGAGUAUUAGAGGGAUGCAAAUAGAGAAGACCGGACUGUUUCUCAGCCCUCUUUGCCAGAAUUCCAACAGAGCACAACAAACUUGUGCAAUUUUUGUGGCAGUUGUCCAUGGGAACUCAUCCAAGGCGCAUCUGAGCUGACCCUCCUGGGAGGUCCCGUUAGUUCGAGAAUAAUACUUCAUGAGUAAGAGCACACUUUUUCCGUCAAAUUCUGGCUGACUACAGGACAACAUGUGGAAGGAUUAUUGCUGAAAGUGGAGCCACGACCGGAAGCAGCAACUUGGAAAGCUGAGCUACUCCUUUCCCUUGUCCCUUUUUGUGUGUGUUCUUGCAUUUCAAAACAUAUUCACUGCCUGCCAGCGAGGACUAAAACUUCCAUCUCCACAACUGCACCGACAGUUUCCUCUCAUCAGGAAAGAAGAUUGAGCUGACUGGAACGAAACACGCAGACAUCCCCCUGUGGAGGGCUUUUGCUUCUGCUGCGAGAAGAAACGUUUUACCUUGAGUAGCGAUGGAAAUGGAGAAGGGACAUACUUCUAUCAGGAGGGGAGUGAGCUGGAGUCCAGGAGGAUUGAGAAAACCUCUCCAGGCAACACACAACACACACACUCCUGGGACAGAGUGCAAUGCAUCAUGGGAGACAGCAGGAUUCAACAAAGAACAGAUGAGCCGGAAAACAAAUCUGACCAGGAGCGCCAGUUUAUCAGAGAAGGAGCUAAAGGAGGCUCGCGUCAGGAGUCAGAUCAUCGCUGCUCAGCUCAACGUCCCAUCCAACUCCAGCUCCAGAGGCGUGCAGCUCUUCAACCGGCGCAAACAGAGGGUCAGCGCCUUCACGCUCGAAAGCUGUGGAGAGGGGUCACGGGGGGACAAAGCUGAGAAUGUGAUAACAGACCCUUCAUCUAACAAAAUAACAUGGGCAGAGAGAAGCUCUGAAGAAAAGGAUAGAGACCUGAACUUUAAGAAUAGCUCUACCAAGCCUCUCUCGUCACCACCUGUGAGUGUACAUUCAGUGGGUGAUAUCAUGGAGGAGCCAGGUAAGGAAUUUCACAAGGGAGACGACAUGGAGGUAAUUGUUAUCCAAGAGAGACAUUUCCUCCCUGUCAAGGAAGAGCAGGAGGAAGAGGAAGAGGCAAGAGAUCAAAUCCAUGAGAUUCCCCCUGGAAGUAAUAAUACUGAUCCAGCUCUGAUGGGACAUGAUGGAGGGGAGGCAGACACACAUGGGGGCCACACGGGGCCAGCUCCCCCCGGAAAGCUUCAUAAUGGCUGUCAGAGUACCUCUGGAACUGAGAGGGUGUCUGUGCCCACAUCCAAGCAGACAAGCACCAUCAUCAAUCGAACUGCCAGGCCCUUUUUCUCACCGCUGACGGUGCAGUCCCCAGAGGCGCUCAGCCCUGUCAUGGGCAUCCCCCCUCCUCCUUCCUAUGCCACUCCUCCUCUCCCUGCUUUCUCUGCCCCUCAACCUUCUGCGUUCUCACCUCCACCUCCACCUCCGCCUCCGUCAUAUCCCACGCCUCCUCUUCCUUCCUUUACAAACCAACCUCCCCAGACCUACUACUCCGGUCCACCUCCGAUGUCUCCUGUUAUGUCUCCUUCCUUCAAUGCACCACCCCAGCUCCCCGUGUCUUCUGUGUCUCAGUACCCACCCAUGCCCCAUUAUGGCCCUCCCACGGCCCCAAAGCCCUCCACCUUCGUUCCUCAGCCUGCUGGAGAGAGGAAGCCGAUAACACCAAUCAAAACAGGAAUACUUGAGGAGGGUGCUGCUAGAAGGGGAAAUAGGAAGUCAAUGUUCACAUUCAAAGAGAAGACAGUGGUAGCUCCGAACCCUGAGCUGCUCUCUCUCGUACAAGGGGUGGAUGAAAGGAAGAAGCAUGGACAUAGAUCUGUGCCUGAGCCAGCAUCCGAAGAAGAGUUGCUGGCGCUGGGGGCGGAGGCAUCCAACUUCCUCGCCAAGGAAGAGGACAGGGUCGAGGAGGCGAGAGCUCCGGAAUGGGCUUCCUGCCUCAAGACCUCCAGGACCCGUCCAAGGGAAGAGCACAGGCCAGAGCAGACCCUCACCAAUGUAUCAGGAAAGGGGGCUGAGCUGUUUGUCAAGCGUCAGUCCAGGAUGGAGAAAUACGUCGUUGAGAAGCAAAAUGCAGGACAAAUGAGGUCUCCUUCUCCCACGAUGUCUCUGCCACCAUCUUGGGUGUACCCAUCAAACAUGCCCGGCAGGGUCAAGGCCAUCGCUAAAAACUCUGACAUGAGCGCUCAGCUUUCAGAGAACCUAAAAGCCGAACAAGCAGUCAAGCCAAAACCAAGGCAAAAAGCUCCAGCACCAGAGCCAAUUCCAGAGCCCCCUCCUUUGGAAAAUGGUUGCUCCCAGAUAGAGAUGGACCUGUCAAGGCACCGACCCUACCAGCUUUCCUCGUCCCUCUUCAUCCUUAACCCAGUCAAAGACCCCCUUAGUGCCCUACCCAAAGGAGCACCACAGUCCAAGAACCUGAUGUCUACCCAGUCUUUCUCUAGAAAGGCUUCCUUACCAAAUAACCCUCCUUCUCACUUCAGUGCCCAGUGUAUGUCUCGACAGCUGCCUCUCAGCCCCACAAGAGGCGGAGCAGAAUAUCGUCCAGAUCCGGCCUACGGGGAGCCGAGGAUCAGCUCUCCUAUGGCGGCCUUUUCUCCAGAGCGAGUGUCCUCUCCUCGGUCAGGGGUCCAGGCGCCGAGGCCCACGUUUUCUGCCAAGAAGGCAGGGAUCGCGCCACAGACACCAAAAGAUUCCUCCCAAGUGGAAACCCCAAGUGAGACUCCCACGCCCACCAGGAUGCCCAGCCUCAACAGAAGUUUCAGCAGCCCGGAUGGCCCCGCCGCUGGGACCUGGACUCCCAGCCUCCAAACUGAUCGGCCCUCCAACACCAUCUUUAGCCGACAAGUCACUUCCCCUGUAUCCUCUGCCAGGGGUACAAGAUGCCAAUCCCCUAUGGCCAGUCAGAAUAUCCAGUUAUCCACUGUUAGCUCCACUUCAACAUCCAGACCCUCUCAAACAUCUACAGCCACCUCUCCACGCUCUCCUCCUUGGGGUUCAAGAUGUCAAUCCCCGAUGGUGAGCCAGAACAGCCAGUCCUCCCAUGCUGGUUUCAGACCCUCCCAAACAUCUACAACUACUUCCCCUCUUUCUCCUCCUUGGGGUUCAAGAUGCCAUUCCCCAAUGGUAAGCCAGCAUACCCAGUCCUCCACUGUCACUUCAAUGUCCACAUCCAGACCCUCCCAAACAAUUACAGCUACAUCCCAACGCUCUCCUCCUUGGGGAUCAAGAUGCCAGUCCCCUAUGGUGAGCCAAAGUACCCAGUCUUCCACCAUUUCCUUUGUCCCUACUUCCAGACCAACCCAAACAUCUACAGCCACAUGUCCUGUCUCUCCUCCUUGGGGCUCACGUUCCCAGUCACCUGCACUUUCUCAGACCAGUUUGUCCUUCCAGGCCACUAAACCUCUGUACACCUCCUCUGCCACCUCUCCCGUUCCCCCACCCAAAGACAGUCGCUGCAUGUCCCCCAAUGUUAAUAACCCAGACUCUAAAGCCAACCACCGCCUCCUGGCUAAGAACAUAAUCAAUGCAGCCAAACGUAAAAACAGCCCCUCCCCUGGAGCACUGGGCGGUCACAGCCUCCCCAUCUCACCUCUGGGAAAUUCCCACCAUGGCUACGACUGUCACAAACCACCCAUCAGCCCUUUCCAGUCGCGGGGAUAUGGUGCCCAGUCCCCUACCUUCACCAGCCCACCUCCAACCCCAUCACAGAGGAUCUGCUCCCCUGUGAGGCUCUACAACACUCGCUCCCUCACCGACUCUGAUGCCUCUGUUGAGUCUGAGGAUUCGGGCCUCCGAUCACCUGGCUUGCACUCCUACAACACCUGUCCCCGAGGCUGGGGCAGUAGCCUGAGGGUGAAGAGGAGCUCCGUCUCCACUGACCUGUGAGGGUGUUACAGGAAGACAAUCAAAGCAUGAUUUCAGUUUUCAUAGACUUUUGGGGCAUUGGGAUCAACCAGUUAGAGAGAUUCUGAUGGCAUUUCAUCAGACUAAGAGAAGAUGCCUUUCUGUAACGUUGAAAAACUGAUCCUGAACAAUGGUAAAUGUUGUAUCAAGGUAGUAACAGUAUUUUAUAUGACUCACUUUCAUAGCAAGGACUGACAAGAACAAGCUUCUGACAUAACGCAGUUGCUGUGGCUUGUACGCUUUUUUAAUACCAAAAAAGAACAAAAAAUACAGCAAACAAAUAUAAUUGAAUUCACUUCAGUUAAUGUUAUACUUUCUACACUUGCACAACAAAUAUACACUCAUAGCCGCUGUUCAAGUUAAAUGGCUUUUAAGUUAAUCAGUUUUUAAUGUUAUCAAUGAAUAAUAAUUAUGUUUGCUGGUCUGAUGCAAGUCAAAAUGGGAAGAGACCUUAAAAGUAGGGCAUAGAAGACACAUAUUGAAUGAGUAAUGAGUACAUAUAUAGCUCAUUGGACUGUGCAGUACUUUGUGUAAAGCAUUCUUAUUGCAUUAGAAAGGGAUCAAGUUUAACCAUACAAUGAGUAAUGAUUUAGAUUAUACUGGGUAAAAUGAGUUUCCAUCACACAUGCUAUCUACAUUAUCAUACAGGGUCACAGUAUUCACUACGGUUUAUUAUCCAUUUUAAUCAAUUUCAAAUAAAUCCUAUGCAUUAUUAUAUCAGUGCAAUAAUCAAAACAAUAAACAGCGUUUGUUUGUACGUAUGUUAUAUGUUACUUUAUGUACUGCGUUUGCUAAAAUGAAUGUAAGCUGAAUAGACAGAUUGAAAGAGAACGACGAGGGGACAAGGAGAUGAAUAGUUAAGUGAAGGUUUGAUGAGGCAUUGACGCACCUGUUCAACCAAACACUGUUCCCAUGAUUCAGGAGGAGAUUUCAAAGGGUUUUGCGCUAAUGUUUAAACAUUGCUGAUGAACAAUUCAAUGAACAAAUAUUAGCUGUCAACGUGCAAAUGUAAUGGCAUAUUGAUUGUAAUAUUCAUAUUGGAGAACAACGUUUGCAUGCCAAAGGUUUGUGGCUUUUGCAGAGCACCUGUAAUGUCUUUCGUGAGGAACAAAUUAACAUAUUUUGUGUCUGUACAGGCACAAAAAAAACCUUGGAUGAGGUUCAGGAGCAAAUGUGUAUGCCAGAGAAGGUACAACAAAGCGUUGUUUAAAAAAGGUUAGAAGUAUGUUGUAUGAUGUGAGAUAUUAAUUUAGGUGUGGGAAAAGGAUAAGAUCAAUGGAUUGUAUUUUAAAUACAUACAUAUCUCUUUUAAAUACAUUCUCUUUAACUUCUGAAGUUUCUUUUUAUACUUGAUUUGCACUUAUGUUCAUUCCAUUUCAAUGGCUAAAUAGGCAUUGUUUAAAACUUGACUUGCUCGAACGUAUCAUUCAAAAAUAGAACCAGCAAAUAAAUAACAAUGAGUACAUUCUUGCGCAAAUAAAUACAUUUACUUGAUGGUGGAAAUUAUAGCUUUAAACCCUGACUUCACACCACAUCUGGCUUUCUUUUCACACCAUUUGCAUCUUUCCCAGUCCUGAACCAGCACACACAACAGAUCAUUCCUUCACUCCCUGACACGAAGGUCAAAAGCCUCAGCACAUUUCUAAAUAUUUACUUCUGUCUGUCUGUUGAGUGACAGGGACACCUGCUACAGGGGGACCUGGCUCCUUCAGCAGGUUUAAGCCUAUUACUGUCAUGGAUUGGUUUCAACUUGGGUCACCUCUGGACAAACUGCACGGCGCUGACAUCCUCAAACACCGAAAAAAUAUCAUUGUACUUUUUUUAGAUGGGGGAUGAUUGUUUUUUUGUUUUUUCAAUACUGCAAUUUUGUCUCUCAUUUCAAAACUGUAUGAUGUCUGAAAAUUAAUGCAUAAUAAAAAGUGAAC